ACCAACAUCCACUCUUUUCAGGCAGGCGCGACCAGUACCCCUGCCCACACAACCGCAUAGCCUUCGCGGUGUGUGUGUGGCUCAUCUAUCCGGAAGGUUCGAGUAGACCAUAGUGCGGUAGCUGUGUGGUAGUCUUCCCCUGGCCCUGUUCGUGUCUCUCUGUUCUUUGGGUGCCUCCUGUUUCCUGCGCUGCUCUCUCUGAGUGACGUUCUUUCUCUGUUACGCCGGGGAGCAAACCAGAGAGAAAGCAAGGCGACCUUCGGCAGCGGCGGCGCAAGCGGCGGCGAUCCCUUUUACGGGGAAGCACACGGAUGCAACAGCAACAUUACGUUUCUGGAGGCGGUGGUGCUGCCACCAGCGGGGGCAACGAUCAGCGUUGGGAGCAGGUGAAACAAGCGCAGCAUCAACCCCAUCCUCAGCAACACCCUGCGGCAGCAUCAUGGAGUGGGGGCGUCAACACCCUGGCGAGCGUAGGCGGGCGCACCAACAGCUUGGCAAUCGCCCACAACCAGCACCAGCACCAGCUCCAGCAGGCUCCAUAUGUUCAGCAACAUCAGCAGCAGCAGCAGCAGCACACUCCUCCUCCUCCUCACCCAGUGUAUGACAGCAGCAGGCAUUCUUCCAACGGAGCGGCGGAACCGUACCUGACGGCGGCCGCGGCGGCUACGGCGGCAUCAUGGGCAGCCAACCGAGUCCCGGCGCCCCCGCCCGCCGACAAUCGAGCGACCAACCAGCAUCCAGCGGGAAGAAACGUAAGUUAUUCCCCUCCUCUCCGUGCUGUUGCUCCUCCUGCCGGCGGCGCCACCGAUGGGUCGGCUCAUCGUCCGCUGCUUGUCGUAGACGACGACCGCGGUGGCGAUGGCGGUGGCGGCGGCGGCGUUGACAGCGGUGGUGGCGGCCGGCCUACCUCACGCGGAACGUAUCCGGCUUGCGGAAAUUCUCUCAGUGGGUUCGCGCAGCAGCCGAACGGCGGCGGCGGCGGCGGCGGCGGCGGCGGCGGCGGCGGCGGCGGCGGUGGCGGCGGCGGCUCUGACUCACUGACAGGCGCGAAAAAUGCGGGGGGAAAGCAGCAGGAGGAAAGCCACGGCAAGGCGCCGGCGGCUCGGGAGACGGCCCGGGUUUCUUCCGGCAUCUGGCGAGGCAGAGGGGGCGGGAGGUUUAGAGGGAGAGGGUUUGGGGUCGGGCGAGGGGCGGGACGAGGGUCGCUCGAUCUUUCGAAUCUCCGAACUUCCAUGCCGGGUCGCGGCGGGGGGGGCGGCGGCGGCGGCAGCACGGGGGCGGGGGCGGUGGCUGGGAGGGCGACAGCACUAAACAGCAUAGAAGCAGAAAAGUCAGGCAGCAGCAGCAGCAGCAGCAGUAGAAAGAAGGAGAUAGAAGAGGGGGAGGCGGGGGAGGAAGUAGCAGCAGCAGCUAAACCCUCGGCCGUCGCCAGAGGCGAGGAGAGGGCUGCAGCAUUGAAUGACAGGCGUAGUGAGAACGCGGAGAGGAGUCCGGAACGAGGCACGGCUAGCGCAACAGCAGCAGCAGCCGCCGAUGAAGAAAUAGAGGAAGGCGAGUGGUGUUGGCAGGAGAAAACUGAGGGGAGUCCCAAGUCGGAGCAACCCGGCGCAGCAGCCGGGGUCGGGGCCGCGGCGGCGGCGGCGGAUCGGCGAUCUCCAAGCGGCGGUGGCCGUGCGAACGGGAACAGGAGCAGCAGCACCUGGGACGGCAGUCGCGGCGGCUCGCCGACACGACCUCCGAGCACAAGCGGGAAGAGGGGGCGGGAGCAGUCCAGCUUGUCGCCCCCGAGGGGCCCCGCCAAGUACACCGCGAGGAGCGGUCGUGACCCACGAGGGUUUCGCGGCGCCGCCACCGCCGCCACCGCCGAAUCCGCCCGGCGGCCGGAGCGAGGGGACGAAGGUAGCGCCACCAGCCCUCAGAGCCCGUCGUCCGCGGGACAAGACUGGCGGCAAGAGCGGCGACCCCCGUCGCUGGCUCUUCCCUCGCCAGCCGCCCAAGCCGCCGCCACCGCGCCGGGGACCUCGCCGUCCUCGCCGCCUCAGCAGCAGCUGCAGCCGAGCUACGGGGCCCCUCCGCCGCGUGCUCCCCCCCCUGCCGCCGCCGGAGGGGUUUCUUUCGUUUCUCUCCCGGCGGCGUCGCCCGCACCCCCCCCACGGCCCCUCUUGUCGCUGCCUCACCCACCCCACGGACCCCCUCGGCUGAUGUACGCGGUGCUCCCACCGCCACGGCAGCAGCAGCAGCAGCAGCCGCAGCCGCAGCAGCAGCAGCCGCAAUUUGUCAUUCAACCGGGCAUGACGGUCACGGUCCCGGGCACGACGCUAGGGGCGGCCGCAGGACCGAUUAUGCUGCGACCCCCGGCGCCGCUGCUCUUCACGCCGCCGCCGGUAACGGCGGCGGCGGCGGCGGUGGCACCUUCUACGGCGGUUCCCUUGUCGUUGCCGAUGCCGAUGGCGCCGGCGGCGCCACCACGGCCGCCAACGUUUGUGCCGCCCCCGGCGCCUGCCGCCGCGGCUCCGCGAAAACCCAGGCGUGGAGGGUUGAAGAAGCCAUCCCAGGGCGGCGGCGGCGGCGGCCUAAAACUGACGGUGCGGGUGUCGGACGCGGAGCCUUCGGCACAGGAAGCUCCGGUUUUUUCUUCGGACGACGAGGACGACGACAAGCCGGGCAGGGUCUCGCGGCGGGACACACGAGGCGAGUGGCCGCACGAGUUUAAGUUCCGGCCCCAGCUGGGGGGCAGCAGGAAGGUGUGCGCCGUCUGCGGGAAGGACUUCGUGCGCAUCUGCACGGCCUGUGGGAAGUGCAUGGAGUGCUUCCGCGCGGGGGACAGGGAUUGCGUGGAGGGUGCGGUGAACAACACGCCGCCGCGGCGGCUCUCGCCCCCGCCGGAGGCGUUGCCGGAUGAGAGAGAAUGGCCAGAGUACCCCAAGACUAUGACGAGGAACAAGGACGGUACCAGCGUGCUUGAGAAGCGCAUGGAGCGCGCGAUCUACGAAGCCAUCCGCCUGGGCGACACCGAGCCGAUCGUCGGCCUCAUCCGAGCCGGCGUGUCGCCAAACUUCAAGCGGCCGGCGGGAGAGACGUGCCUGCACGCGGCCGCCUACUGCGGCGCGCUUGACCUCGUGAAGGACCUCGCAGAGCGGAAGGCGGACCCUGCCGUGAAGGAUUCGCACGGGAACCUCCCCGUGGACCUGGCCGCGAUGCAAGGGAAGGACGAGGUGGUGGGCUUCUUGCAGCCGCUGGCUCCUUCAAAGACGCCCUUCACGAUCGCGGCGCACCAGCGACAUCGCCGCGUUUCGCAAGAGCAGAAGCAGAAGCUGCAGGAGAAGAAGCAGGAACAAGAGAAGCAGCAGCAGCAGCAGCAGCAGCAGCAGCAGCAGCAGCAACAACAACAACAACAGCAACAGCAACAACAGCAACAAAUACAUCGACCAACCGCCGGGAACAACCUCAGCAGCAGCAGCAGCAGCGGCAGCAACAUUAGCCUGCUGUUGUACCAAGCCUUACCUUAGCCCAUGGGUGUAGCAGUUGAAAUGCACCCGAUCUCCAACAACGGCGAAACACAUUCGCACGUAAUUUUUCCCGUGUAUUGAAGUGGAAUGUAUAAAGCAAACUCUCAGGACGACCAAGCACGUAAAAUUGCUCGGUAGUUCACCACUGUAGGUAGCCGGGUGGCGAAGCGCGGCCGCUGCUUCCCCUGUUGUUGUUCGCGCUUGCGUUGAUCAUCGUGUUUGUCGUGGCGGUGCUCUCUCAACCAACUGGGAUGAAAAUGCGCGCCCUUUCUUAUGGUGGUUAAGGCGGGUUCGGAAAAUUUAUUAUCGAUGGAGUAUGGGUGGUGAAGC